ACCCUGCUAUUAAAAAUGUAUUUAUUUUCAUCCUCUACGACUAUUGUCAUGAUUUCUGUUGUUAUUUUAUAUUGUCUCAUCUUUAAAAUGUCCUCUGCCCGAUUGAACAACCUUUAUUUGCCCUUGGUAGACAGGAGUCUCAAGGAUGAUUUCUGUAAUCAACCCUUAUUUGUCAAAUUUGGGCCAAUUACUCCCAAUUCGAAGAAGAUAGACAAUAUAUGCCAUACGUAUUUCCCUCUCCCAGACGACCCAAACACAUUUCAACUUUACGUUUCCAGAGUAUUCUGCGACGGAUCACACGACAUUAUGUCUCAGCUUGUAACCCAGAUGGAGUUAGGUAUCACACGUAAAGCAAAUGUAUAUUGCACUGUUAACGAAUUCAUAUUUGGAUACGCUGGCUGUGACACCUACCUAGUGUACCGUGAAGAUGUUUUCGGAUCUUGCACCGAUGAGAGUAUCAAAACCAACGUUUACGGAGUGUCUGAGGACUGCCGACCAAUAGGACUCUCCUGCCUUACUAAACUUGAUGAGAUUUUGGCGGAGAACGGGUUCCUGCCGCAGGAGUUUUAUGUGUAUCCCAUGGAUCUACCGAACCGCUGCGUGAACCAGCAAAUAUGCGUGCAGCCCCCCAACCCAUUUUUCGACAAAUUACCAAACCACGUAUCUAAUACAGCUGUGCUGGCAUAAAGACAACGCGUUAUAGUGACAGAUUGAAGGAGUAGCGAAAUAGUAAGGCGCAUAUAAAAAUAAAGCACAUCCUGUUUUGGUUUCCCACAAAACCCCCUGCAUGUUUGAUUAAACUUAUAAGUCGAACAUACAAUUAUAUAUCUAGAUACUUUUCUAUCUGUAAUAUGUUUGUAAUGUUUUACUAACUCAACUGUGUUUUAAGAUGGGUAUUUGAUAGAAAAUACCCACAACGUAUAAUGUUCUGUGAUAAAUAGUCUUACUUACUAAGAACUACACUAUGUAAUUGGAGUUAUUGUCAUUAUUCAAUUGUAAUUGAUUCCUAUGACUUAUUCCAAAGAUUUUACACCUUUAAAGUCAUCUUUAUAUUAAACUCUUCAACAUACACAAACUAAGCGAUGGAUAUAACUAGUCGAUACAUUUUGUGUCCAUUUUCCUGUAAACGUUUAAUAAAUUACAUGAGGCACACAAUGUUGUAUAAUA